ACCUUCUCUUGAAACAUCCAUAGACCGCGAGACUCCCUUUUCUUUUCAAACUACUCGGCCAGUCCAUUUUUCAAACACUUGGAGCGCACCUCUUUGCCAGCUGAUGAAAAUGGAGGAAAAUUACAGCACUGAACUUGUUGAGUCGCUGCGGAUCCAAAUGGAGUCUCUUCGGAGAAGAAUUCAUGAGUUGGAGGCUGAGAAUGCUAAGCUCUCUGUUCAGCUCGGAAGUUGCGUCUGCCAGAAGAUUGUAGAGAGUGAUAAAAAUCAUGUUUUAGACUGCAGCCAUUCAACUGAGGAAAUGCAAAGGCUGAAAUUAGAUGAAAGUCAUGUGAAAAACAGAUCAAGGAAGAAAGUGCCAGGGACAUGUAAUGAAACAAUAGCCUUGCAUCAUUUACCAAAGCGACAUAUUGCUUUAAAAGUUAUGUAUUUUGGUCAGAGAUUUUAUGGCUUUGCAUCAGAGGCACAGAUGGAUCCGACCAUAGAGUCGGAAAUUUUUAAGGCCCUCGAAAAGACGAGGUUAAUAUCUGGUAAUAAGAAGGAAUUGCAAUACUCAAGAUGUGGCAGAACAGACAAGGGAGUUUCUUCUGUUGGCCAAGUAAUCUCUCUAUUUCUGCGAUCAAAUCUUAAGGAAACAACAAGGAGCAAUGACUAUUCUGGAGAGACUUGUGUUGAAGAAUCAUGUGGUGGAGAAAUAGAUUAUGUGAAGAUAUUAAAUCGUGUUCUUCCAGAAGAUAUUCGAAUUAUUGGAUGGUCACCUGCUCCAACUGAUUUCAGUGCAAGGUUCAGUUGUUUGAGCAGGGAAUACAAGUACUUCUUUUGGAGAGAAAAUUUGAACAUCAUCGUAAUGGAGACUGCAGGAAAGAAAUUCAUUGGGGAACAUGAUUUCCGAAACUUUUGUAAAAUGGACGCAGCUAAUGUCCACAAUUACAUGCGGCACAUCACAUCAUUUGAGAUUUUCUCUUGCAAUGAAAGGUUUGAAGAUGAUGAACUCUGGGCAGUGAAAAUCAAAGGUAGUGCUUUCCUGUGGCACCAGAUCCGAUGCAUGGUUGCGGUGCUGUUUUUGAUUGGCCAAGGUCUAGAAUCUCCUAAUGUGAUAGAUGAGUUACUCGAUGUUGAAAGAACGCCAAGGAAACCUCAAUACACAAUGGCUCCUGAGAUUCCACUGGUUCUUCAGUCUUGUGAAUUUGAAGGUCUCAAGUUUAGAUGCUCAUCAGAUGCUAAACAAGCUCUUCACACUCACUUUAAGAAGGAAUGCCAAGGUUAUAAACUUAAAGCAGCAAUCUUUCAUGAGGCCUUGCUUACUUCUUCUUGCGACUUAUAUGAAAACAAUCAGCUAAACAGUAGAACAAAAAAGAAGGAAUCUGCUCACAUCCCCCUGAUGUCACGACCAACUGAGCCGUCUUAUGAAGAACGACGUGCUAAACUGGACGCUGGUGCUCGAGCAAAGUAGAAAUACCUGCCAUGAGAUACUUAAAUGAUUCAUCCAACAAUUGACCCCAAAUUUUGACUCCCUUUUUUUAAAAAAAAAAUAAAAAAAUUAUGCUUAUAAUGUUUAUACUUAUGUAUACCUGUAUCUUUUGUACUUAAGACUAUUGUUAGUAAAUUAUAAGUUUCAGUUUGUUCGGUCCGUGGGUAAAAUGUUUGUAGUAGUGCAGUUAAGCUUCUGUUCAGCUGACAGGUAUUUUUAAAUGAAUAGAUUUUGGAUUAUGGCAAGUUGCAAUACCGUUGCUUUGUUUGUUUAUAGCUAGUAGGA